GUGGUUGGAUGGGCCAGCAUGUCUCAAAGCCACCUUUGCGUUUUAAAGUAAGAAUGUAGCUCAUCUGUUAGAGGAGUAAACCAGUAAGGUCAAAUUGUCCAGGAGAGAGACUGUUCUGGAGUUCAGAAAAAACAUACUAAGAAGAACAUGUUUUUGUGGGGCUGACAUAUCAAGACCUCAGUGGAUGGAUCACUUCUGAGCUUGUUACCAUAAAGUUUUAAUCUUGAAGCAGUACUCUUCAACAAACAUGGGGUUUUGGGUUAUUUUACCCAUUGUUCUGUCUGCUGUCUCAUUCGUCGGGUGCUGGACAGUAUAUGGGCUUGCAUUAAGUUUCAACCAUGUCUGCUCACUUAGUAACUGGGAAUACAGAAAUUCUUGUCACACAAAUGAAACAGGGAUGUGCUGCACCCUGGAUAAUGUGCCCACCAUAAGCAUGAGUGGAGCAAACUUUCCAGAAAACUCCCUUUUCACAGCAACAAUCAAUGCAGGUUCAUUUUUAUUUCUGAUUUUCUGCAUUUUCCAUCAUGCACACAUUCUGGACAGGAGCAGUAUACAUUCUCUUCUCAGUAAGAUUGCACUGGUUUUAGGCUGUGUGGCGUCCACAGGUGCUUUCAUGGCUGGAAACUGCAAUCCAGCUAAACUGGUGUUGCUCCAUUACCUGGGUGCUGCACUAAGCUUUGUAUGUGUGUGUGUCUACAUCACCAUCCUGACUUCGCUCACUAGCAAAUGUAUGCUGACUGGGUGUGAAUGGUUACUUUACCCCCUACGCAUCUUCUCCACAACAAUCCAGAUUUGUGCCACCAUCCUUUACUGCAUCUUCUUUAUUCAAAAGGAUUCUUACUACAGACACAUCUCUGCUGUGUUUGAAUGGAUUCUCAGUAUGAAUCUGGAGCUCUAUGAACUCAGCUUUGCCCUGGAGUUCUACUUCUUCUCAUCCUCAAUGCUGUCAUUGCUUUUAGCAAAGAAAGAAGAGAAACUUCCGAUUCUGUCAUGAUUUACAGCCACAGCUGGACUAUUUUGUACCGUUAUGGAUUCAUAAACAGAAUUUCAUUAAAAUAAGUUAUAAACACAAAUAGGCCUAAUCAAGAGACUUAAAGAACAGAAAAACUUUCCCCUAGAAAGGGGUUGCACAUUUUAUUUUUUUUAAAGUUGCAAUAGAAAGCACCCAACUCCAUAUGCUAUUGCAAACACCAGAUUUACUUUGGAGCAGUUUACUCUCAUUUUUUGGGAAGGGGGCAACGGAGACUUUGCUGACGUGCACUUUAAAGAUCUUUCCUCAUUUCUUCAUAACCUUUUUACAUGGCAAGAUAUAUUUAUGGAAUUUUAUAGAUCUUACCAAUGCAAUCUAUGACCAUAGUUCAAGGCUCAUAUCUAGACUGCAUGUGUUAACGGAUAUUUGGUCAGCACAUGCUGCUUAAAGAAUCAUACAGUGUUUGCCUCACACUUUUAAUCUAAUCACAAAAUCCUUAGUAAUGUUGAAUCAGUGGCUGGCAGGAAAUGUGUAUUUGUCAGUGAUGAGGGUUUCAUAAAGUCCUUAUCGAAACAGAUAACUACCUUAUUCAUAGUUAUAGAUUUAUCUUCAGUUAUUUCUCAACAUCACUUUUUGUGUCAGAAUUUAAAUUUAUUUGUAUCUAGACUCUCAAUUUAGGGUGAAUUCAGGUACAUGGGCCACUGUUAUGACAUUGAAAUCAUGGUCAAAAUGUGGCCCAAUUUACCUUAAGUUUCUGGAUAAGAUUUGUCAAGCUUAAUGUUUGAUAUAGUUAAAUAUUUAAGGAGUUGCCAAUUAAUAAUGACAUUUUCCUGAUCUAUUGUUUUGACAGAGAAGAAAAAAAAAACAAAACAAAAAAAAAAACUUUGGACCGAGACUUCUAUGAGAAUAAAUGCAAAACAGUAUCACUUUAAAAUAUUGACUUGAACAAAGCUCUGAAAAAGUAUUUCAUUAUUUCUUCUAUUUUUGUGUAUUUUUCAUACUAAAUUGUUUUAUAUCUUCAAAUGAGAUAACAUAAAACAAAGGCAACCCAAGUAAACACAAAAUACAUUUUAAGAAAAAAAUGUGUUAUCCAACACCUAUAUCAACCAUGUGAUUACCAUGUAAACUGAAUAGCUGGUUGUGCCAACUUUAGCAGCAACAACUGCAACCAAACGCUUCCGAUAACUCAAACCAGCCCAUCUGGCACCAACAAUCAUGCCACGGUCUAAAUCAAUGAGAUUACAUUUUUUUCCCCAUUCUGAUGGUUGAUGUGAACAUUAAUUGAAGCUCCUGACCUGCAUCUGCAUGGUUUUAUGCACUGCUGCCACACGAUUGGCUGAUUAGAUAAUCGCAUGGAUGAUUGUUGGUGCCAGAUGGGCUGGUUUGAGUAUUUCUGUAACUGCUGAUCUCCUGGGAUUUUCAUGCACAACAGUCUCUAGAAUUUACUCCGAAUGGUGCCAAAAACAAAAAAUAUCCAGUGAGGGGCAGUUCUGUGGACGGAAAUGCCUUGUUGAUGAGAGAGGUCAACAGAGAAUGGCCAGACUGGUUUAAACUGACAAAGUCUACGGUAACUCAGAUAACCGCUCUGUACAAUUGUGGUGAGAAGAAUAUCAUCUCAGAAUGUUAUUCUGAGAUGCGGGUUAGCGCUGUUUUGGCGGCACGAGGGGGACCUACACAAUAUUAGGCAGGUGGUUUUAAUGUUGUGGCUGAUCGAUGUAUACACAAAAACAGAAGAAAUGCAAAUACUUUUUCACAUCACUAUACUUUGCUUCUGUAUGACCAUUUAAUAUCAAUAGUAUGUAUAGGUACUAUUCAUUUGUAUAAUUGUUGGUAUGACUGAGAGUGUACAUUGAGAUGCACUUACAGAAACGAUUGCAGUCUACAAGCAGACUUUGGUUGGA